GGAGAAAAGUUGUUUUUAGAUAGAAGCAAGUUAGAUUUAGGUGUAGGUGACAUUAAAAACAUACCUAAAAUGUUAUUACAUUACAUUUAAGAACAUAAUGAAACAAACAUUACUAUAAGGUUGACCGAUUGUGAACGAUUUUCUCCGCUUAUCGAGGCCGUUGUUACUAAUAAAACAAUUUAAUUUACGACCCUUGACUUCUAUUCAGGAGUUUCAACAGUUUUCGUGACUUUAUUCUCAUUUUAUAAAAAUAGGUAUUAACAUUGCCUAGUUUUUCAUGUUUUCUGACGAAAUCCAUAUAACGUUCAUCUUAGUAGCUAGUUGCUGGACUACUAGCACAACUGCUUGCUUAGGCAGUAAUAAUACCAAUGGUACGCAUAGUAAUUUACUUCAAUAUUUCCCUUGCCAGUGGAUGGAUGGGAUAAUACCCUACGUUUUUGAUUUUUUCGCCAUCAACUCCAACCGUCUUCUAAAAACUAUCCAUCGAGGCCACGAGCUGAUCCAAAACCAAUCUUGCUUGAUCUUUAACGAGCGCAACCCCAUCGCGAUGGCGGAAAGUCGGAAUACCUAUUAUUACCUCUACUACACCUAUUCGAACGCUUUGGAGGACUGCUGCUACGCGGCGAUUGACGUUAAGUUUGGCCGACGGGUGGUGCUGAUAUCGCCCGGGUGUAAGGAGCCGCACGAGAUCGCGCACGUCACCCUCCACAUGCUGGGGCUCAGGCACGGUGACAGCAGCCCGUUCCCGGCGUCUUCAGUUAACGCUGUCCUCUUCCCGGAAAACUGUCAUAACCAAUCAGGCCUAAGGAGCAAAAGGUUGGAUCCUUUAGGGGAUUCAGAUCGUGAAUAAAACGGAGUUUUGUCAAAA